AUUCUUGUUUGCCCUUUUCAAGGAACUGAACAUCCAGGAAAGAACUUUCGUUCAGUGUUACCACGCCGUGAUGAGUCACUGGUGGCAGUCAUGUGACGGUUCACACGACGGGACGGUCCCUCCAGUGCUUUGUCACGCCUUGGGUUUAAACCGCAGGCGAUAUGGCCGGGAGCAGGUUGUUGUUUGGAGCCUUGGUGGUGUUAUCGCUAUCACUGCCAACGUUCAGUGAAGAGUCACCAUGCACUGUAGUGGUGGGUCAACGAGAAUACGACUUCAAUGCCCUGGCCGCUCAGGAUCACUGGCAAGUGGAGGAUGUUGCCCACGUAGAAAGAAAAAUAUAUCUCAGUUUAUGUCACCCGCUGAGGAACGCCCCGGCUGGAUGUGCUGGUAAUGCAGGUGUCUGCAUCACUCAGGUGAUGGCCUCAGGCGACAUUAAUGUCACUGCGCCCAACGCUGGACGGGUCUCCCCUGUUGGACCCACAAUACCUGAAGGACAAGUUAUGGUUGAAUAUGUUAUGGAAAGCGAAGUUCCAUGCCCUGUGGCGGAGGGGGAAACAUACCGCACGUCUAUCAACUUUAUCUGUACCCACUCACCUGAAGACGAGACUGGUCCUGUAUUAAUGAGCAACCCCAAGUGCGACUUUCUUUUUGCCUGGAUGACACAAGCCGCCUGCCCUCGCCGUCUGGAUGUAGUGGAAACCACGCCUUGCAGCAUAGACUUCCCAUCCUCUGACCACAAAUUACACUUGCAAACCCUGCGAGCAGAAACGUAUUAUCCUUUGUCCUCUGCUAAACCUCCUGGUACUUAUGAGGUCAAUAUCUGUGGUCCUGUUGUCAAUGGAUCAUGUUCUGGUGAGGAUGUGGCUGUGUGUUAUACACCAAAGGAUGGAAGCCCCCAAAUCCUAGCCACCACACGGGAUCUAAAGGUUAGGUGGGAAGACAGUACGCUGGCUCUAGCGUACCACCCAGCUGAUGAAAACAAGGGUGUAGAAGUGAGGUUCACUUGUGACCGAAAUGCUGCAAACACUAGGGUCUACUAUAUCACACAAAAUGCCACCUCUGUCAUCUUAGGGUCAAGAACUUCUGCAGUAUGUCCUCCCACCCCUACCCCACUCUGUGUAUUGGAUGAUCAUGCUGGCAAUGUGUAUGACCUUCGACCGCUCCACAGGACAUCGGACAACUGGGAGGUGCUGCAGUCAUCAAGUGAUGGUCAAGAGGUUUUGUACUAUCUCAACAUCUGUGGGCCUGUAAACCCCGCUAUGCCAUACACUUGUCCUUCGGGCCUGCUUGGUGCAUGCAGAGCUGGAUUAGGUACAGAGGCUUCCUAUAAUUUAGGACUCCUUACAUCUGACCCAGCCAUUAACAUUGAAGAUGGCUCCAUUACUAUCCUCUAUAGUGGAGGUGAUCCUUGCAAGGGAGGGCAAGAUAGCCAUUCCACCAGAAUCAACCUGAUUUGUAGCCAUACUGAAUAUGGUCCAGUCCUAGUGAAAGAGACCAACACAUGCGAGUUUGUAUUUGAUUGGUUGACACCUGUGGCAUGUCCUCGCCACUCUACUACUGGGAAUAAUUGUCGAGUUGAGGACCCUAAAUAUGGAAAUGUCUUUGACCUAAACCCAUUGAGGAAUAUCUACAGAGACUAUAAUGUCACCAAUGAAGGAGAUAUAUUUUCAGUCAAUUUGUGUGGUCCUCUGAUAUCUCCAUGUGCUGGAGAAAAUGGUACAUCAGGGGUAUGUCAAGUUAAUAAGGAUCAGCAGUUUAGUGCAGGGCAUUACACAACUCAAGUGAGGUUCAAUGAUGGGACCUUAAUGAUGAGUUAUACAAAUGGAACAGGUGGCUGUGAUGGCAACAGCACCAGAUCCUCUGAGAUCAUUUUCCUCUGUGACCAUGAAGUAAGUGGUAGAGAUGGUCCUUUAUUCUUUAGCCAACAUGGUUGCACAUCUAGCUUUUUCUGGAAAACAAAGCAAGCCUGUCCCCCUUUCCAUAAGGUUGACUGCACUUUAUACACUGCAGAAGGGAUGGUGUAUAAUCUUCAUGAAUUGUCUUCAUCAGACACAAACCUUGAAUAUUACACAACGGAUGGCAAGAAGUUCGUAUUCAAUGUUUGCAGAUCAAUAGUGCAUCAGAAAGGCAGUAGGUGUCCUUACAGGGCUGGUGCAUGCAUUAUUGACCGUACACACCACAACAGUUCUAUAAACAUAGGGGAGGUUCAAAGUGGUCCCUACCUGGAGAAUGGGAAGCUCAUGAUAAAGUAUUCUGGAGGUGAUCAAUGUGAGGGGGGCACACAGUUAUACCAGACACUCAUUGAGUUCAAGUGUGAUGAAGAUGAAACAUUCUCCUUUCCACGGCUUGUUGCUGAGGAAAACUGUACCUAUUAUUUUGAGCUGAAAAGUGCAGCAGCUUGUCCAAUACCUGUUCAGAACACCAGUCUCCUUCAAGUUGGGAGUGAUUGCACUGUCAGUAGUCCUAAUGGUUACAAUUUUAACUUAAACCCCUUGAAACAAGAAAAUGGAUACACAAUCAAGGACCAUAAGAAUCUUUCUAUGACUUUGAAUGUGUGUGCAGCUUUGAAAAAUUCAGCAUGUCCAGGAGACAAUAUUGGAGCAUGUACCAGCACUGGCAGUGCUGGUCAAGCAAAUGCAAAUCUUUAUUAUCUCCCAGAGCAUCUCUCACUUCACUAUACCAAUGGGGAGAAAUGUCGAGAAAACCUUAAUCGUUCCACUAUCAUCACAUUUGUUUGUGGAGCUGAGAAUACUACUGAAGGCCCAGUGUUGGUUUUUGAUGACAUUGUACAGUGUGUAUACUUUAUUACGUGGUAUACCGAAUUGGCUUGUGAAAAAAGAAUACCAUGUGUUGUGAAUACCUGGACUCACCAAAUUGAUCUCUCUACACUCAUCAAGUCAGUUGGGAACUAUGAGGCUGUGAACCCAAAGAAUCCUAGUGAAAAGUUUUACCUUAAUGUAUGUAGACCACUGAAUCAUAUUAUUGGCCUUAAUUGUCGGCCAGGGUCUGCUAUAUGUAAAUCCAGCUCAGGAGAGAACCCACUCAGUCUUGGCCAUCCCAGUGUGACACCAGUGCAUGAUGGCAGUGGAGGCGCCAGAAUAAUGUAUACCCAUGGAGCCAGAUGUCCUACGGUGCAUGACUACAACUUGUCAUCAAUGAUACACUUCAUAUGUGACCCAGGUGCAGGCAUGGGAAACCCAGUGUUCAAGGAAAUGACUCAUGAUUGUCAGUACCAGUUUGAGUGGCACACAUCAGUUGUAUGUGACACACCGUCGAAGAUAGAAGACUCAGGCCCACAGUGUCAGAUUAGAUUCGAUGAUGCCAAAACAAAUAUUGAUCUGAGACCUCUGUAUCGUCAUGAAGGAUAUCAAGUAAACUUCGGGAACAAAACCUUCACUGUAAAUGUAUGUGGGUCUGCAUGUAAUACAUCAGGCAGCUGCACCUCAGAUGGUGAUAGUUAUGGUUUGAGUAACAAGUCUGUGCUGCAGUGGGAGUAUGGCCAGCUCAGUCUGAAGUAUUAUGGAGGUAGCAUUUGCAAUGGGUCUGUCCCUGGCAAAAAGAGCUCUUCCAUAUUCUUUGAAUGUGAUAUGAGUAAAGGAUAUGGCUUCCCAGUUGCUGAUGAACUGAUGGAGUCCCUUCACUGUGAAGCUGUAUUUACUUGGAAAACAAAUGUAACCUGUAUUGAGGGGAUUUAUGCCACAGAAUACACACCUCCAGUAAAUGUUUCUUCAGUAAACAAUACUGCUGGACAGAGUAGUUAUUCCAGUGAUGGAGUAAAGGACAAAACUUCAGCUCACACCUCUGUAUCCGCUGUUGUCUCAAGCAUUUUGGUUGUAUCUGGAACUGUGUUUGUAGUGGCUCUUUUCCUCAUCAAAACAAGGCGUGGGAAUCACAUAUUGGCAUCAGCACGUAGACUCUUUGGAGUCCGUGGUUACGUACGUAGUGACCAGCCUCACGUUGAAAAUUCCACUCUGCUAGGAACUUCUUCCUCCAUUAGGAUUUUUAAAGUAGAUGAUAGUGAUGAUGAUUUGCUGAGGGUGUAGGUAAUGCCUUUUCUUUCAUAUCCUGGUAUACUAGUCAUUUACCAUUCUGUACCAUAGUUCUAUGCAGGCUCAGUUAUAUAUCACAGAAAACUUACUGGUAUGCUAAUAGAUUUGUAAUUAAAGUUCCUGAGGUUUGUGAUAUUAAUGCAUUUGCAUCUUUGAUGAAUUAUCCAUUAUAUAUGUUGAGUAAAUAUAAUUUGUAUUAUGAAUGAAGAAGUGGUUGUUAAUUGUAUAUGUCAUUAACUAAUGGAACUAGUCAUAACUGGUUUAACCUAUAGAUUUGUAAAAUUUUGCAAAUAUUUAGGUACACAUAAGAAUUGCUGGAAUUAUUAUUAGUCAUUAAAUAAUUUUUCAUAUGCGAAUGUAUGAUUAGAGUCAGUGCAUACAAUAAGUUAUUGAAAUGAACAUAUGAAACAUAGAUAUAACUUAGAGAAUAUAUAUAUAUAUAUAUAUAUAUAUAUAUAUAUAUAUAUAUAUAUAUAUAUAUAUAUAUAUAUAUAUAUAUAUAUAUAUAUAUAUAUAUAUAUAUAUAUAUAUAUAUAUAUAUAUAUAUAUAUAUAUAUAUAUUGUACUUAUUAUGUACUCAUUAGGUUUCAUCCAAGAGUGUAAUUUUUAAAUCAUAUAUAGUGAAACAUACAUUUAUUAUAUUUGAGUGGCAUUAGAUAGGGUCUUCAUAUUGUGUUGCAGUAAAGUUUCUCAAUUUGUAAACCAUAAGAACAUUGUCAAGUUAAACCCUUUGCUGUUUAAAGGUAAAGUUGGGGUCAUAUGCUAAGCUGGUCAUUGCCUCUGUGCUCAUGUCUCAUUGGCCCAUGAGCCUGUGGUGGGUGGGUCACAGAGACAGAGAUGUAACAUCUGGUUUACCACAGUCUACUUUCCCCAACCUUUUUGAAAAGGACAAAUGGCUGAAUAAGCCCAACACUGACAAUCCCAAGCUGGGAUCAAACCUGGGCCAGCAGAUUCAUGACUUGGUAUUCUAAUCACUACACCAAAGAGGUGCCUAUUUGCUGUUUAGUGUGCAACUUAGUUCUAAGUCAUAGAUUUCCUACCCUCUUUCAUGUCUUUCAGGCAUAGCCUACAUACUGUAUUGUUGUACCAAAGAGAAAAAUCCAUUUGAAAUAAAAAAAAAUCUAAUAUAUGUAGCUCACUAGUCACUGGGUAAAAGUUUGUGAUGUAUUUAUGAGAUUUCCAUUUGGGUACUGAACUAAAAACUUCACUCUCAGUUGGCAAAUGUAUUAACAGAUCUUAAAAAGGGAUUCCCACUUUCCCCACCCAUUUGUCAUAUGGGGUUUGGCAGGUACCAUAAAUUUCAGUACCCUGAGUACCAGAACUUGAAAAUGGUGGGAAUGGGAGUACCAGCAUCAGUACUGUCGAGAGACCAGAGGCAUAGGGUCGUGUUUAUGGCUCCGUAGAAGGUACUGGCUGCUGCUAGAAGUUCCAGUGUGGGGCAGACAGGAGAGGAGGGAGAGUUGGUGGAUGGGAGGAGAUAUAAUGAGGGGAGUUCUCCCUUCCUUUUCCUGCUCCCCAAUCCCCCUCCCCUCUUCCUCUCCCCCAUCUUGGGUGAACCUGUAGGAAGUGGUAGUGUUAUAUAUUUCUCAUGUCCUCUUGCUUUUUCUUAUAGUUGUUGUUUUUAAAUGUGUUGCUGCUUCUAUUUUGUCAAUGGCUGAUUGUACUUUAAUGUUUCUCCGCUUCUCUAGUUUUAGCAAUUUGAUUUUUAUAGUGAGAUUACAGUGGUUUUGUUUUCUAGUUUUACCACCAAGCACAGCUUCUUUCAGAAUUUUAGUAAAGUUUCAGUUAAUUUCUUCAUUGUCAAGAGCUGCAUGUUUGGUUUAGAUACUGAAUCCAUUUUCUGGUUUUCUGUUAUGCAAGUGGCUUUCUUAUCGAGCUAUUUCUUCUCAGGUUGAUCUUGAUUUUAUAUAUGUCCAUUGUGUGGUCACUACCAACAUACUUUUUUGAGGACUAUUGCAGAUUUCAGUAUGUCCCACUGGUUUGUGAGGAUAUAGUUAUUACCCCAGAAAGAGGUUUCAGUGUCCAUAUUCACAUUUUUUUAUUGCAGUUAUUAUUUUUAUGGAAUAAUUUUCAGCUAAGUCUACUACAAUUUGUUCUCUUUCAUUUUGUGAAUCUAGCCCAUGAUUUACUACUGAGCAUUAUCUUGCAAUUUUUAUUAUCUACUUUAGCAUUGAUUCCCCUAUGGUACCAUUAUGAUGGGCAAGCCCUUUGAAAAUGGUGUUCAUAAUUGAUAGAUUAUCUUCACAAAACUUGUCAAUGUUCUCAUUGUUUAACUAAACGUUAGAGCAUACAGUUAGCUUAUCUUUAUUUUGUAUAUUUUAUUUUUUUAUAUAAUUGAUACUACUUGCUCAUUUAUACUAAAUAAUAUGACGAAGUUAAUUUCUAGACUUCAGUUAAUUAAUAAUCCCACCCUGUGUUCCUGCUUGCUACCCUCAGGCUGGCCUCCCCAGUAAAAUGCAUGACUAUUC